AUGCUGGUCGGGAACUCCACGGUGUCCGCCGGGACAUACUGGAACCAAUUCGAAGAGGUUUCUAAGUACAAUGCCGACUUGAACGUCGCGGAGAGAUUGUGGGUGGCCUGGUAUGCGUGGAUGCAGAACGAUGUCCUAGCCACAGGCAUCAUGUCCUUUAUGAUGCAUGAGCUGGUGUACUUUGGUCGUGCGCUGCCAUGGAUUUUUAUCGACAGCUUGGGUUUGUUGAAGGCCUACAAGAUUCAAGGGAACAAAAUCCCCUCGUUACGUGAACAAUGGAAUUGCGCCAAGUUUGUUCUCCUUAGUCACUUCACUGUGGAACUGCCCCAGAUUUGGCUCUUCCACCCUAUGGCUCAGUUUUGCGGCCUUUCGACAUCGGUCCCUUUCCCCUCGCCGUGGACAAUGGCCUACCAGAUUGCGAUUUUCUUUGUGAUGGAAGACACCUGGCAUUAUUUCUCUCAUCGCGCUCUGCAUUGGGGCCCACUUUACAAGGCCAUCCACAAGAUUCAUCACCAGUAUUCGGCACCAUUUGGUCUCGCUGCUGAAUAUGCAUCUCCUAUUGAAGUCAUGAUCUUGGGCUUUGGUUCAGUUGGCCCCCCAAUUCUGUGGUGUGCCAUCACAGGUAAUCUGCAUAUCCUGACUAUGUACAUCUGGAUUGUGUUGCGCCUAUUCCAAGCCAUUGAUUCCCAUAGUGGCUAUGAGUUCCCCUGGAGUCUUCACCACUUUCUCCCAUUUUGGGCGGGUGCUGAUCACCAUGAUGUUCAUCAUGAGAAGUUCAUUGGAAACUAUUCUAGCAGCUUUCGCUGGUGGGACUAUCUCCUUGACACUGAAUACACCCCGGAUGCGCUGAAGCGGCGAAGGGAGAACAAGGGUCUCAAGUCUUCCAAGGCCCAAUAA